AUGCUCCAGAUGGACGACGACGACGUGCCACAGCUGCUUGUGGCCGACACCAACUUUGACGCGGCUGGCCGGCCGCUUGAGCGGCCAAAGGUGCCCAUUACGUUGCUGACAGGAUACCUCGGCGCCGGCAAGAGUACAUUGCUAGAGUACAUUCUCACGGCCGAGCAUGGAUAUCGCAUCGCUGUCUGUAUGAAUGAUUUUGGAGACACAACAGACAUUGAAGCCAAAUCACUUCAGCUCUCAAACCCGUCUGACCCCAAUGCUCCCUCCUCGUCCCUACUGGCCCUCCCCAACGGCUGUUUGUGCUGCAGCGUCAAGGACAUGGGCAUCGCGGCAAUUGAGGACAUGGUUGCGUCCCAGCGCGACAAGAUUGACUGGGUCGUGGUCGAGCUCACUGGCCUGGCGGAUCCUGCACCCAUCGCCAAGGACUUUUGGGCCAACGAGGAGAUGGGCGACCUGGUCCUCGACAGCGUCAUUUGUGUGGUCGACUCGCGGAAUGUGUUGAAGCAACUGGCCGAAGAGCGCGAAGACGGCGCUCCCAACGAGGCCCAAAAGCAAGUCGCGUGCGCCGACGUCAUUCUGCUCAACAAGGCCGACCUCGUGCCCGCGGCAGAACUCGACAACGUCGCGGCGGCCGUGGCGGACGUCAACUCUACGCUCCGGGUCCACCGCACUGUACGCGGAAACGUGAGGCUUGCGGAACUCUUCGACCUGCGCGCGUUCACGUCGCCGGCCGUGGCUGCCCUCCCGGAGCCCGAGGCGUGCUGCGCCGAGGACGACCAUGCCCACACCCACGCCCACGCUCACGGCAUGAAGGGCCCCAACACCGUCUCGACCAUCACCGUCCACCUCCCCACCCUCCCGACAGACAAGUUUGAGCGUCUGAACGCGUUCCUCGAGAGCCUCCUGUGGAACGGCACCGUGCCCACCUUGCCCGGCGGCAAGGCGUGGGAGGGCGCCACGCCCGAUAUCCUCAGGACGAAGGGGUACGCCGUGCUCGCCGACGGCAGUGCGCGCGUGAUACAAGGUGUGGCCGACUUGUUCGAGGUACGCACGUUGGAUCCUACUGCGAAUGCUGGUGCUGGUGCCGGUGCUGGUGCGGGUGGGGCUGAGCCCCGGCCCAAGAUUGUCUUCAUCGGCCGCGGCGUCGACGAGACGCUGGGCGAGUGGGUGAGGGCGUAUGUCGGCGUCUAA